AUGUAUUACUUGGGAGUAAAGUGCCUUUUCCUCCCUUGGACGUUUACUGCCCUCCGCUUCGCGUCGGGCAGUAAACUUCAUCCUGCGGGAGGAAAAGUGACACUUUCCUCCCUAGUAAUACAAAUAGCUAUAUCUCUAUUUGAUAGUUUGUCAACUAAGCCUGGAAUUUCCAACGUAUACCUUUUUGAGAUAAGCAAAAUAGAAUUUGGUCAUCCUUGCCAACAAUUUGCGAAAAUGUACACCAUUAAAUUAUUUAUAAGACUCAGAAUUUUUUAUACUCUUAAAUAUGCAAACAUAGAUUUGAAAUCCUCGAAAAAGUCAGACAAAACCAAAAGAAAAAUUAAAGUUUUAUCCCAUUUAUAA